GCACAGAUUGGACAAGGAACAUACAGUAAUGUGUACAAAGCAAAAGACACGUUGACCGGUAAAGUUGUUGCACUGAAGAAGGUCCGAUUUGACAAUUUAGAGCCAGAGAGUGUAAGAUUUAUGGCUAGAGAGAUUCUCAUUUUGCGGCGCCUAGAUCAUCCUAAUGUUGUAAAGUUAGAGGGUUUGGUUACAUCAAGGAUGUCAUGUAGUUUGUACCUUGUGUUUGAGUAUAUGGAGCAUGAUUUAGCUGGACUUGCUGCAAACCCAUCCAUCAAAUUUACAGAGGCUCAGGUCAAGUGUUUCAUGAAACAACUGCUAUCAGGACUCGAGCAUUGUCACAACCACAGGGUGCUUCAUCGUGAUAUUAAGGGUUCGAAUCUUCUUAUUGAUGGUGAAGGGAUGCUUAAGAUUGCGGACUUUGGACUAGCUACUUUCUUUGAUCCAAAACUCAAGCACCCUUUGACUAAUCGUGUUGUUACAUUAUGGUAUCGAUCUCCGGAGCUUCUACUAGGUGCAACUCAUUAUGGUGUAGGCAUCGACCUUUGGAGUGCAGGUUGUAUUUUGGCAGAGUUAUUAGCUGGGAGGCCCAUAAUGCCUGGCCGUACAGAGGUUGAACAACUGCAUAAGAUAUUCAAGCUGUGUGGCUCACCUUCAGAUGAAUAUUUGAAGAGAGCGAAGUUGCCCAAUGCAGCCUUAUUUAGGCCCAGAGAACCUUAUAAGAGAUGUAUAAGAGAGACCUUUAAAGAUUUCCCACCAUCAUCAUUUUCUCUUAUAGAUACACUUCUUGCAAUUGAUCCCGCUGAGAGAACGACAGCUAGAGAUGCAUUGAAAAGCGAGUUUUUCGUUACAGAACCUUAUGCAUGUGAACCUUCUAGCCUCCCCAAAUAUCCACCUAGUAAGGAGAUGGAUGCUAAAAGACGGGACGAUGAAGCGCGAAGACAAAGAGCAGCAAGUAAACUGCAGAACGAUCAUGUGAAGAAGACACGCCCACGUAACCGUGCUGGUAGGGCCAUUCCUAUUCAAGGAGCCAAUGCAGAACUCCAAUCAAAUAUUGACAGACGACGUUUAAUUACACACGCAAAUGCAAAGAGCAAGAGCGAAAAGUUCCCCCCUCCACAUCAGGACGGGGCACUCGGAUUCACAUUGGGAUACUCACGUCAUAUUGAUCCAGCUGCUGUUCCUUCUGAUGUUGCAUUCAGUUCCACAUCAUUCGGCUAUCCCAACAAGUUCGACGAAACCUGGUCCGGACCAUUGGUCGAGUCUUCCGACAUCGGUGCUCAAAGGCAGAAGUAUCCGGGAGGCGAUGCAAAAGAACGACAAUCAAGCCAAUCUUCAGUUAAAGGGAAAAAGGUAGCAUGAACUUCGCAUCAAGUAAGUUAAGAAUCAUGCACCAGAACCGGUCAAGUUCUUAUAUACUUAGAAAUGCCACGUUCUGACCAACUUUGACAUCAAGCCUGGUGUCUUGCAGCAAGAACAUAACCUGGUUUUCUUUUGUUAUCUGAAAUGGGACAUCCUAAUGUCUCUCUUUCUUCCAUAGAUUCCCCGAAUUUGCUAGAUCUUUCUGCUCGUGCUCGUUCGUUGUUCAUUCGCAGAGUGCUCGAAAAUAAUAUCGACAAAGCUUCUUGGCCAUGGUGAUGCUAUUCAUUGCCCAACAUAAGGUAGAUCAUUGCAUAAGGUGAAAGAGUUCUCUCCAAUGCUACCACUUUGUUAGAUAAUAUUCAAAUCUGACCACUUUCUUGAGAAGUUCCUUGUGAAGUUUCUGCUUUAAACUACACUUUCUGAAUAAAGAUUCUUUAGGAAAGUGGUCAAAUUGUUUGUUUUUUUCUUCUCAUUGUUCUUUAUUUAUUAUUUUUGGAUGAUAAUGACAACUUUUGUGAACCUUUUAUGUUAUCCAAUGAAUAUUUUCAUUCUUGUUGACCAUAA